CCGUCUCGGGCGCCCGUUAUGGCUCCUGCUUCCGGUCGGGCCCUUUUCGACGGAGCAACCGCCGCCGCGGGGCCGCUGCACGUGGGGCCGCCGGGCGGGUUCUCCGGGGGGCGGAGCCGACCAGACACGGUGAUGUUCACAAGCAAGCUCUUCACACUGGUGCUGGUGGUGCAGCCCCAGCAGGUGUUGCUGGGCAUGAAGAAACGUGGAUUCGGGGCUGGCCGCUGGAAUGGAUUCGGGGGCAAAGUGCAAGCGGGUGAGACCAUAGAGCAGGCAGCCCACAGGGAGCUGCUGGAAGAGAGCGGAUUGACCGUAGACAACUUGCAGAAGAUGGGUCAGAUCACCUUUGAGUUUGUUGGUAACUCUGAGCUCAUGGAAGUCCACAUCUUCCGGGCGGACACCUUUCAUGGAGAGCCAACAGAAAGUGAUGAAAUGCGUCCGCAGUGGUUUCAACUGGAUCAGGUGCCUUUCAGUCACAUGUGGCCAGAUGAUGUCUACUGGUUCCCACUACUGCUCCAAAAGAAGUUGUUCCGGGGCUAUUUUAAGUUCCAGGGUCUAGACACUAUUCAGGAGUACACGCUGAGACAGGUGGAGGAGGUUUAAGAGGAAACAGCAGCAUUCCGCCCUCACCAAAUACAUCAUUGCCCAUAUUGGGCCAGGCCCCAACUAUUGGGUGUUAACCUGCCAUAGUAGUGAUCACUUUAUGCAGUGCUCUCCUUUCUCAGCAGAGGAGACUUAUUUACUGGAUCGAUGGAUGGAUGGAGAAAAAGUGGUUUUUCUCUUGAGGGAGAAUAAAAGACAGCAGUGCUUGUGCUGGUGCAGUUCCAAGGUGUGGGGUGUUUCAGUUAUGGCUUGGUAACGGCUCCCAUAAUUCAAUGGUAUCCCUUCUCCUUUAACAGUUAGCUCAAUAAUCUGUUCCUUCUCAGAUGGUCCUCUUUUACAUUAAAAUACUAAAAUGAAUAUAGCA